GCCGGCUUGCUCUGGGUUGUUGCGUUGUUGAUCGCCAGGUCAGCGUCUUUCUCUGCCUGCGACUGAGCGCAGGUUGAGGAUCUUGGCCAGGAUGGCUCUGCGCCUGCUGUCCCUUCUGGUGUUGGUGGCGGUCGUUCUUCAGGAGAGCUGCCUCGCAAGUGACAAAGGAUCCAACAGUUCAGACCAGGAGCCCCAGAUGGGAGCCUCCAUGGGAUCAGGGUCCCUGACUGAAGCCCCCUAACUCUGCCCCUCUGGCUCCCUUCCAGGCGCCUCUUCCCACUCCAUGAAGUAUUUCUACACUGGCAUCUCGGAGCCCAGUCAGGGGCAGCCCCACUUUGUCUCUCUGGGGUUUGUGGAUGAUCAACUCUUCAGUUCCUACGACAGCAACAGCCGGAGGAUGAAGCCUCGAGUCUCCUGGAUGGAGAAAGUGGGGAAGGAGGAUCCCCAGUACUGGGACAGAAACACCCAGAAUGAACGUAGCAAUGAGGAAGUGUUCAGAGAAGGCCUGGAGACUCUGAGGCUUCGCUACAACCAGAGUGAAGGCCUGUACACAUGGCAGAGGAUGUAUGGCUGUGAGAUCCAGAGUGACGGGAGCAAAGGAGGGUUUAACCAAUAUGGCUACGAAGGGAGGACCUUCAUCACCUUUGACAAAAAGACCCUCACCUGGGUGGCUCCCGAUCCCCUGGCCCAGAUAACCAAGAGGAAAUGGGAGGCUCUUCCAGGAAUGACUCAGGGACAGAAGACCUACCUGGAGGAAAUCUGCAUUGAGUGGCUGGAGAAGCACCUGUCCUAUGGGAAUGAGACGCUGCUGAGGAGAGAGACUCCAGUGGUGUCGAUGAGCAGCAGGACGGAGGUGGAGGAUGGGAUGGAGACGCACGUCUGCCAGGUCCAUGGCUUCUACCCCAGGGAGAUCGAUGCCUCCUGGAGGAGGGACGGGGAGGUCUGGCUGCAGGACACCCUUCAUGCAUCUGUGGCCCCCAACGCAGACGGGACCUACCACAAGUGGCUCAACAUCCAGAUUGAUCCCAAAGAGAGAGACCGCUAUCGGUGCCAUGUGGAGCAUGACGGCCUGCAGGAACCUCUGGUCUUGGAGCUGAAGGAACCAACCAAUUCAAAAUCCAACCUGGGGCUCAUCAUCGGCUGCGUUGUUAUGGCUGCUCUUGUCCUGGUGGGUCUGAUUGCUGGGAUCCUGGUAUUUAUCAAGAGACGUCAAGAUGACUACAAAGCAGCACCAAGUAGUGAUUUGUCCUGUUUACAUGUAAUCUCCAACUUAGAGCAAGGACCAAAGGCACCAUCAGUUGAGAGGGCAAGUGACAAAGGAUCCAACAGUUCAGACCAGGGGAGCAACCAGGCCGUUUAGCAGCCCCCUUGCAGUGCACACGCCCAGCAUAAAGAGAGAGGAAUGACGAGGGAUCAGCUUUCUUCUGAAUUGGGCCGGACUCUUAGCAGGAGCCCUUCAGGCCCUUCCUGCAUGCUGGAACCAGGAGAGAUUUUGGGUCUUUCAUCAUUGCUUUUAUCACUGAAUCACUAAACUUUUUCUUUUUUGAUUGAGGAGAAAAGAAUAUAUUAUGUGUUGCUAAUUGUGGAAUCAAAAGAUUUCAAAUUGGGUUUCUAGAUAAUAGUUUGUAAUAGGUAGGUUGCAGAACACCUUUAAUGGGCUUUUGCUGAUUAAUCUUAGUGGAUGGAGAUUAGAGGUUAAAGAGGAGGUUUUAGAGGUGGGUUUAUAGAGAAUGGGGUGAGGAAUAGGAUGAAGAGUUUCUUGCUUUUACUUUAAGAAAGAUUUAUAAGUUGUUAAUUUUCAUUAUACUGGUUGGGGAUAAAGGUGGAGGUUUUUUUUUUCUUUUUCCCACCUUGUGUUAGUUUUAUCUGUUUAAUCCAAUGAUACUAUUACUAAGGGAACUGUGCAUUUUGAGAUUUUUUUUCAUUAAAAUAGUCGAUGCAUUUUAAAUUGAUAAUUGCAGUUAAUUGACCAUAUAUUUGACAACACAAAGUUUGACAAAUUAUCAAUAUACCGAGUGUAGCAAUUGACACUGAUUUUUUAUAGAUUGCCAUUUAUGGAUUUUCAUGAUGUAGAAAAAUGGAACAUGAAAUCAAUUGUCAGGCUGCUACCUUCUUAACAAUGGCACAUCAUUUGUAAAUUUGCCAAAAUUGUUUGCUGAAAAUAAAUGGUUUUUGUUUUCCUCUUAA